AUGGCGGCGGAGUCCGGACGCUCGUGGGCCCAGGCGCGCAGCGCGUACGGCGCCAGCGAGGCGCUGCGGCGCGGCGUGGGCCGCCGGCGGGACCCUGGGCUCCAGCCCAAUGGGCCAGGCCCUGAAGAAGCCCGCGCUCCGGGGCGCUUGGCUCGCCUGCGGGGCCAGCUCCGGGCUGAGGCGGAGGCGCGGGCCGACGCUCCCCAGCUGCGGCGGCUGGUGGAGCGUGUGGGGGCAGCGGCGGGGGCAGGGGCCAGAGCGGAGGGGUCCGAGGCGCAGGCGGACUCGCACAGCCGAGGCUCUGUGUGCUCGGUGUGCGGGGAGCCGCGCGUCGGGGCCACCUACCCAGCGGGCGUCCUUGAGGUGAGCGAGCGGCGGCUGCAGGAGGGCCUGGCGGCGGUGCGUGCGGAGCUGGGAGCAGGGCUCGAGGCGCUGCGUACAGAGCUGCGGGCCGAACUGGACGCCCUGCGCGCGCUGCUACCGGCCCCGCCGCCGCCCCCAAUCCGCCGGGAGCCCCGCGUCGCUCCCCGCGGCCCCGCCCUGCUGCGGGCACUCGGCACCGUGAACGCCCUGGCCGCGGUCACCAGGCCCACCGACGACGCCCCGGUCGGCCCCGCGAACGUCGGCGCGAACCGGGCCCCUGCCCGAAAGAACCCCAAGAAGACGCCGGUACCCCCUGGGGCCCCGCCGGGCGGUGGGGAUUGA